AUGCCGGAGACCGCAGAGUCGCACGCCUUCCACUUGACUACCAACCGCAACUGCACCAUUGAGGUCGUCAACCGCACCUCUGUCUUCUGCCUCACCAACCCCAAGGUUUACAAUGAGAGAGGGUUCCCCUUCAGCCCCCCGCAGCCGACAGUGCGCGUGGGCCGCGGCGAGGUGUGCUCCUUCACCAAAGAUGACAACACGGCCUCAGGCGCGGUGGGAGUGCUGACCUACGAGCUCUUCCACAUGCACAACAAGUACUGCAACGAGAUGGUGGCCGUCAUGUUCUCCGUGCCCUUCGACUACAACUUCUACAAGAACUGGUUAGGGGUGGGGGUCUACCCCAAGUCGCGCGAAACCGACGAGAAGCUCUACAAGGAGAUGUACAACUCCAAGGACUUCACCAACUUCGUGCGCCACGAGGCCGACGGCUCCGGCGUGGAGUUCAUCAGCCGUGAGGUGGAAGUGGCCGCCUGCAUGUCCAACGAGGGCCACGCCAUCAUCAAGCUGGAGGUCAGCGAAAAGUAG